UUUAUACGUCUAAACUUUGCUCUAUAAACAUCAUACGGAGAUUUUAUAUUAUACAAUCGGAAAAGCGAUGGCAAAAGAAACAAGACCGAUCCUUCCUCUUUUACUCGAAAAGAAACCAGUUGAGCUUGUUAAACCCUCAAAACACAUUCCUUCUGAAAUUCUCUCCCUUUCUACUUUAGACAACGAUUGUUACAAUGAAGAAAUGUGCGCAACGAUUCACGUUUACAAAGCCAAUGAAAAGAACCAAAAUGAUCCUGUCCUUUUGCUUAGGAAGGCUUUGUCCGAAUUUCUUGUGUACUAUUAUCCGCUUUCUGGAAAGCUAAUGAGACGAGAGAGUGAUCGGAAACUUCAGAUCGCUUUUCUUGGUGAGGGAGUUCCAUUUGAGGCAGCUACUGCAUCUCUCGACCUCUCCUCUCUAAACUACAUGGAAUACGUUGAUGAACAAAUUGCUUUGCGCCUUGUGCCUGAAAUCGAAAUAGACUACGAAAGCAACGUUUGUUAUCAUCCACUAGCUUUACAGGUGACCAAGUUUGCGUGCGGAGGAUUCACCAUGGGCAUCGCAUUGACGCACGUCGUGUGUGAUGGAUUCGGUGCGGCUCAGGUCAUCCGUGCUUUAACCGAUUUGGCUGCAGGAAAGAGCGAGCCAUCGGUAAUUCCGGUGUGGCAGAGAGAGCUGUUGGUCGGAAAAAUUGAUAAUGAACCGGCCAAAGUGCAUGGCAGCCACAUUGCUGGUCUUUUGGCCACCUCACCAUAUUUCCCAACUACUGAUAUGGUAACAGAGAUAAUAAACAUUCCGGCUGCGAAUAUAAAGAGGCUGAAAGACUCAUUGAUGAGAGAGUCAGAGUUCCUUAAAGAGAAUUUCACUACUUAUGAAGUACUUAGUUCUUGUAUGUGGAAAGCAAGAUCUCGAGCCUUAAAACUAAACCCUGAUGGUUUCACUGUCCUUGGCACAGCUGUUUCAUUCCGACAUGUUAUAGACCCGCCACUUCCUCAAGGAUUCUACGGUAACGCAUACGUAGACGUCUAUAUCGAGUUAACCGUGAGAGAACUCGAAGAAGCAUCCAUCUCUGACAUCGCGCAGCGUGUGAAGGAAUCCAAGAAAACAGCCUAUGACAAGGCGUAUCGCGAGGAAGAGCUAAAGAACAUGGAGAGGUUGAUGAGAGAUGAUGUGAAAUUCGAAGGGGAAAGAGAUGGAAUAUUGUUGUUGUCGGAUUGGAGGAAUACAGGAUUGUUCGAAUCAACGGAUUUUGGUUGGAAUGAGCCUGUGAAUCUUGUGCCGUUGACCGAGCGGAGGAGUGCAGAGCAUACAUGGCUUAUCAUGAGACCACCGAAAUUGGAUCCAUCAAUGGAAGGUGGAGUUAGAGUGAUCAUUACGAUGCCGAGAGAUGCAAUAGUUGAAUUCAAGCAAGAGAUGGAUAGUAUGAUUAUGAACAAACUUUAUCUUGGUGAUACUAAUUAAUUUAUUUAGUAGUUAUUUUGUGUGUGAAUGAAUGUUUCCAAGCAAAUGUGAUGAAACAUGAUCAAUUAAAAAUAAUAAUAAUAAUAAAAAAGAAACAUGAUCAAUAAUGGAGAAUAAAUGUAUGCUUAAAUAUGCUCAUGUUGUAUGCUUUU